CGAGAACUCAAGUACAAGCAACCUUAAAGCCUCAAACUAAUUGCUCUUUUGCCCAUAGAUCUCUCCGUUCCUCUUAUUUCCCUCCUAACAGCUAGAAAAUACUCCAACCAUCAGAUCGAAAUCCGAAAUGGAUUCGAUCUGAUGAGUUGUGACAUCUCAUUUUAACCUUAAAAAAAAGCCCACAAGAUCUUUAAUUUAAAAUUGUUUUCUAGUACAAAGGAAUCUAGGUAAUUGAUCUUCUUGAGCUUGCUUGGAGUGUCAAGAUGGACAAGGUGAUGAGAUUGGUGUCUGAAAAUGGGGUAGUGAUCUUCAGCAAGAGCACAUGUUGCUUGAGCUAUGCUGUCAACAUUCUGUUCCAAGAACUUGGGGUGAUCCCUGUGGUUCAUGAGAUCGAUAUCGACCCCGAAGGAAGGGAAAUGGAGAAGGCUCUCAAGAGGUUGGGGUUUAAUGCACCUGUACCAGCUGUGUUCAUAGCUGGGAAACUAAUUGGAUCCACCAAUGAAGUCAUGUCCCUCCACCUAAGUGGCUCUCUGAUUCCACUGCUGCAGCCAUAUCAGGCUUUAUCUUAAUUCUGGCAUCAAAUGCAUUAUUAUUAAGUAGAUGAAUAAGCUUAGCUCACUCUUAAUGGGCUCUUUAGUAUUCUAUUAAGUCGUGUUUCUAUGUAUUGAUCAAUACACAAUAGCUUUCUUCUAUUAGCUUGGGCAUGCAGGUUGCAGCCUAUUUGCUAGCAAAAAAAUGUAAUGAAGUUAGCUUUAUAUAUUCUCUGUUUCCACA